CCACAACUUGGGUUUGCGCGUCCAUCAGAAACCAGUUUCGAAAAAUCCCAGCAGAAGAGAGAAGAAGGUCUGGUGCAUGUCACCUACUAAGCAGCAAAAUUAAGGCACCUCUGUGCGCCGUUUGGAGGACAACUUUUACGCAGCCUGCGGCUCUGCAACGAGCGACAGACAAGCGGCCAAAAAGUUUUGCUUUUCAGCGUUUGUUCUGGACUUGUUUUUGUUUUGGUGUGCGCGAUGAUGGCCACUUACCAAAGCCCAGAGGAUGACGCAAUGGCCUUAAUGAUCCAUGACACCAACACGACCAAGGAGAAAGAGCGACCCAAAGAGGAGCCGGUCCAAGACAAAGUCGCGGAGAAGCCGGAUCCGUCCCAGAAACCACCGUACUCCUACGUCGCUCUCAUUGCCAUGGCUAUACGGGAGAGCUCAGAGAAGCGCCUCACUCUGUCCGGCAUAUACCAGUAUAUCAUCAGCAAGUUCCCCUUCUAUGAGAAGAAUAAAAAAGGUUGGCAGAACAGCAUCAGACACAACCUGAGCCUCAACGAGUGCUUCAUUAAAGUUCCUCGGGAGGGCGGCGGGGAGAGAAAAGGGAAUUACUGGACACUGGACCCGGCCUGUGAGGACAUGUUUGAGAAGGGGAACUACAGGAGACGACGCAGGAUGAAGCGGCCUUUCAGACCUCCACCGACGCACUUCCAGCCGGGGAAGGCUUUGUUCGGAGGGGACGGCUACGGCUACCUGUCCCCUCCCAAGUACCUGCAGUCUAGCUUCAUGAACAACUCCUGGUCGUUAGGCCAGCCGCCCACUCCGAUGUCCUACACGUCCUGUCAGAUGGCCAGCGGCAACGUGAGUCCAGUGAACGUGAAGGGACUGUCAGCUCCUUCAUCUUACAACCCCUACUCCCGGGUGCAGAGCAUGGCGCUCCCCAGCAUGGUAAACUCUUACAACGGCAUGAGCCACCAUCACCAUCCAGCGCACCCCCACCACGCGCAGCAGCUGAGCCCGGCCACCGCGGCACCGCCCCCGGUCUCCUCCAGUAACGGAGCGGGCCUUCAGUUCGCUUGCUCCCGCCAGCCCGCGGAGCUCUCCAUGAUGCACUGCUCUUACUGGGAACAUGAGAGCAAACACUCGGCGUUACACACGAGGAUUGAUAUUUAAAGUUUACCAAAUGGUCUGUGUAAAAGAAAAAAAGAAAUGAAAAGAAACAAGAAAAAAUGAAGACUCUAAGAGUGAGAGUGAAUUCCUGUGAUUUCAAAACAGAACCAGCAGUAUUUUAAGAGACCAUUCUGAUGAGCUGUUUGGGUCCAGCUGACAUUCAUAAAUAGCGAUGGAGAGAUAAACGCCAGUUGAUGUUGACAUAGUUUUACCAAAUGGAAACGGGAGGUAAAGAAGCCAUCAGUACGCAUCAGGUAGCACAACCUCUGGGAGCCAUUUCGUGCGCCUGUAACUCUCUUGGACUGAUGACCAUAAUUCGGUAUCGUAGUAAUAAUUGUGAAAUGAAAAACUUCUCAUUUUCAAGGGGAUAGACAUUGCUGACCUUGCUCCAGCUGUACUUUUGGUAUGCGUCAUUAUUUCUCUCCAUUUUACGCACGGCUUUUCCGAAGUGUUGCCGAAUGAAAUGUGGACAUGAGAUGCCCUAAUUAAGUCAGUGCUUAAAUAUGUACUUAAAUCAGAGCUCAUUUUGGCCUUCUUAGUAGCAUGUACUGAGCAAGGCCUGCACGGUGAAACCUCACCUCCAGUCAUGAGUUGGAAAGUUUGUUAGGUCGAAAAAAAGUGUGGACUGCCAAAAAUACAAUUCAGGGCUUUUCAUAUUUCUUGAUUACAUUUGUAUGUAUGAUGUAAAUUCCAAGAUGACACCAGCCAGUGCCAGGUUUUGUUAAUCUUUUUAAUUAUUAUUAUUUUUUAUAAAUGUGAUUAGCCAUGUCUCAUUCAUGUCGGGGCCAUGUUUCAUUUUAAUUAGCACUUUCCCCUCUUUUCUAGGUUUGUGAAUUUCUUAAUAAACUUGUAUUUCUUAAAAUAA